AUGGCUGACGCUGCUCCCCGUGGACGUGGAGGUUUCGGUUCUCGCGGUGACCGUGGUGGUGACCGUGGCCGUGGUCGCCGUGGUCGUGGCCGUCGUGGCGGCAAGCAGGAGGAGAAGGAGUGGCAGCCCGUUACCAAGCUGGGCCGUCUCGUCAAGGCCGGCAAGAUCACCAGCAUGGAGCAGAUCUACCUGCACUCUCUGCCCGUCAAGGAGUACCAGAUUGUGGACUUCUUCCUCCCCAAGCUGAAGGAUGAGGUUAUGAAGGAAUUGGCUUGGCACAACACGACAUGGACAAUUCGCGCGACCACCUUGAAAAGCUAUGCGCAAAUGGAGGAAAUUGCAGUCCAUGGGGUGAACGAUUCAGUGGCUGACAUGUUUUCUUUCGCCUCCCUACAGAUCAAGCCCGUCCAGAAGCAGACCCGUGCCGGUCAGCGUACCCGCUUCAAGGCCAUUGUUCUCAUCGGUGACGGUGAGGGCCACAUCGGUCUCGGCAUCAAGACCUCCAAGGAAGUCGCCACUGCUAUCCGUGCCGCUAUCACCAUUGCCAAGCUGGCUGUCCUUCCCGUCCGCCGCGGUUACUGGGGUACCAACCUCGGUGAGCCUCACUCUCUGCCCGUCAAGCAGUCCGGCAAGUGUGGUUCCGUCGCUGUUCGUCUGAUCCCCGCUCCCCGCGGUACCGGUCUCGUUGCCUCCCCCGCUGUCAAGCGUCUUCUCCAGCUUGCUGGUGUCCAGGAUGCCUACACCUCCUCUUCCGGUUCCACCAAGACCCUCGAGAACACCCUCAAGGCCACCUUCGUCGCCGUCGUCAACACCUACGGCUUCCUCACCCCCAACCUCUGGAAGGAGACUAAGCUCAUCCGCAGCCCUCUGGAGGAGUUCGGUGAUGUCCUCCGCCAGGGCAAGAAGUACUAG